CGCGGGGCCGCGGCGCAUGCGCGCACUUUCGGUUCUGGCUGCCCGUGCUGUGGCGUGGGGAGCGACCGGGGCUGUGCAGGCGCCGCGGGCGGGGGUCGGCGCGAUGGCUCCCGUGCUGAACCUCAACAACGAGGUUGUGAAGAUGAGAAAAGAUGUGAAGAAGGCCAGAGUCCUGACUAUUCGCAGACUAACCAGACACAUCGGGAAAUUAAAGUUGAAAAAGGGCUCAGAAGACUUGAAAUUAAAGAACCAAAAACGAGUUGACAGAUUAAUAGAAGAAAUCCAUGCAAUGAAGGAAAUAAAGCCAGAUGAAGUUACCCGACUUGCUCUUAGGACUGAAGUUAAUUUUGAAAGUGUCUGCAGAAAGCCAAAUUGUACUGCAACUGAGCGAGCGAUGGCACGACUUGCAACACAUCCAACCUUAAAGCCCAGAUUUGUUGAACUUAAAGCUGCUGUAAAAGCUUUUAAGGAUGCAAGAAAGAACCCAGACAAAGCCACUCCUUUGAAAAAGGCUAAGUCAGAAGAACAGCCUAAAGCAGCACAACAUUUCAAUAACAACUUGGAUGACCAAGCUCCUAAACUAGCUCAAAAACAGCAAGGAUGUGGACACAAAACAAAACUGAGUAUGAAAAUAGAGACUGACAGGGUGGCUGAAGAACUUUGUGAGAGUGCAUCUGAGCAGAAAACUUUGGAAAUGGAGAAAGCAUAUGCUCCAGAAGAAUCUUCAUUUCAGGCAGUAGAAAUGCAAAUAGUCACUGAGAACAAAACAGAAAAAAACCGUAGCUAUCAAAAAAGGAAAGAAAAUACGAGUAUCAACAAAUUAAAUGCAAUAAUAGAGAAAAUGGGUGAUAGUGACCAGGAGCAUCCUAGUGAAAAGGAAUACUUUGAUGAUAGUACUGAAGAAAGGUUUUAUAACGAGUCAUCAGAUUCUGACAGUGACAGCAAUGAUGAUUUCUUCAUUGGCAAAGUAAAAAGAAAGAAAAAAACAGCAGCAGUAACUAAUCCUUCUUCAACAAAAGAUAAAGAUAGACUUCAGAAAAAUGUAGUGAAGAAAGAAAAGAGCACAGUUCCUGGGACAGCACAAGAUUUGAUCAUGGAAGAAAGAAAGCCACCUGCAAAAGCAGUCAGGCUAGAAUCAGUGUUCUGCAGUUCCUUGUCGACCUCUAAUCAGAAAUCUCAAACCAGAAAAAGAAAUCCUAAAGACCAGCCACUCAAAAAUGGAAGAACAGGUUUUCUUAAAAGUGAACCACAGCUGAAGAAACAACCAUUUGCAAAAGCUUCAGGUAUUAAAUGUGACAAUAAGAAAGCAUGUUUGGAGCAGCCUCUUCAUCCUUCAUGGGAAGCAAGCAGGAGACGCAAAGAGCAAGUGUCUCAAAUUACAGCAUUCCAGGGAAAAAAGAUCAAAUUUGAUGACUAGAUUAUAUGUAAAUUCAGGUUUAAAAAAAAAAAAAAAAAAAAAAAAAGAUUUUUGCAACUGCUGUUUGAACAUUUUUGUUUUACUGUCCAUAUCCUUUGCAACCUAUAAAACUGCAACUGCUAUAUCUUACCAUCUAGAAUAAUCAAGAUUGCUUCAUUUAUUCUGUGUGCUGUCUGUGGAUUAAUGUAAUGGCCAUGUGGUGUUGGUUCAUAAGUUCCAUUGCAUAGUCCCCCCAUUUAUGAAAUACACUCUAACAAUUUAAUGUUUUUUAGGAACAUCAUUUUUGCCCUAUAGGAAUAGUACAGGUUCUUUGGAGCUUUUUUUUUCUAAUGUAAAAAUGUAUUUUAUAUGUGGAUUUGGAUUGUCAAAUAAAUCUCAACUGGGGAAAAGUAAGAGAUUCUUGAACUUGAACAGACCUCAAAAAUUCAUGAAUGUACCAAGUAGCUGGAAAAGCUGAUCACCUGUAAGCAUGAUAUGAAAAUUUCUGGAGAUCAAUUAAAUAUUGUCCUUUUAAACUGUGAUCUCUGUCCUCUGAUUAUACUGCCAAUUUGAAGAACCAAAAGAGUGUCUUUAAUACUUUGUUCUGGUAGUUACAGCUGGGUCCUUUAUCAUGUGCAGCUUGUACUUUGUGAAAGAAUAUGAAAAAUUAAAGCGUCUUUGUACAUUAAGAAA